AUGGCUGCUCGGCGGGCGAUCCAACGCCUCAGCGGCCGAGUCCUCUCAUCUCGCUCACCGCAAACUACCAUCCUCUUCAACCAGGCUCGGGAAAGCUCGUCUUCCACCUCAGCAUUGGCCUACAAAGCCCUGCACCGACGCAUCUCUCCCCUCCCCACUGCCGACAGCCCUCCAGCAUGGUCCGCCCCUGCGGCCGUCUCCUCGAUUCUCUACGAAACCCCCCUCCCCUCCCAAGCGCCCCGCCAACGCCAUGUUCUCAACUGCCUCGUGCAAAACGAGCCGGGCGUCCUCUCCCGCGUGUCGGGAAUCCUGGCCGCGCGGGGCUUCAACAUUGACAGCCUCGUGGUCUGCAACACCGAGGUCGAAGACCUGUCCCGCAUGACCAUCGUGCUGCAAGGCCAGGACGGCGUGGUCGAGCAGGCGCGACGGCAGCUCGAGGACCUCGUGCCGGUGUGGGCGGUUCUGGACUACACGGAAGCACCGCUGGUCCAGCGUGAGCUGCUGCUCGCGAAGCUCAGCAUUCUGGGCCCGGAGUUCUUCGAAGAACUGUUGGCUCACCAUCGGGAAAUGGCGAUGGAGGCGACCGAAGAUGAGGGGAGCGGCCUUGAUGGGAGCGAGGCAGCGGUAAAUGAAGAAGCUUCCAUACGGGCAAUAGAGUCGCUUCGGCAGGAUUAUCAUCCCAGCAAGCUGGCGACCAGUCAGGCGUUGAGGCAUAAACAUGAGCAUCUGCAGGCGAUCACCCAUCUCGCUCACCAGUUCGGUGGGAAGGUCGUGGAUAUCUCGACGAAUAACUGUAUUGUGGAAUUGAGCGCGAAGCCAAGCAGAAUCAACAGCUUCAUGAAGCUGAUCCAGCCGUUCGGCAUUUUAGAAAGCUCGAGGACUGGACUUAUGGCUCUUCCCAGAUCACCCCUGUACGCUCCGGAGGUGGAAGAGAAGGAGGCGGAAGAUGUGGUGGACCAGAGCACCCUACCCCCAGGUUAA